AAGGAACGUUUGGGGGAGAGCCUCAGGAUUGAAUUGAGAGGGGUUUUUUUCUUGGAGACUGUUGCAUCGGUCCGCUCUUUCAGUGUUCAUCUCUCGUUUUUAAGCUUUGAUUGACGUGGAUCAUUGUGCCGGAAUCAGACUAUUGUUGGGCAUUGGACGACACUCUUCGAGCUCUGCCCGCUAUUCAGUCGCAGGACAAUAGACGAUAUUUGGCACACAAUAGACGGAUUGAGAGGGGUGGUCGGUAUUGAGACAGCUGUGUGGUCUCUCGAUAUGGUCUUCGCUUAGAAAUCCUCUUCUCGCUCAUUUGAUUUUGCUCUUCUGUCAGAGAACCACCUUCUUUCCACCUCCCGGAUUCGAUACCACUGCAGCUCUCUCUUCUUCGAAUUACUUUUCACCAACACCUCUGUCGAUCGAUCAAUUACAAAAUGGGACGCUCAGGACUUGCGUCACGGUUGGACAGCCCCUCACGGCAGCUGGUCUGGGAUCUGGCGAGAGAACUCGAGCAGGUUCGGCUUCACAACGUCGAAGUGAAGAAAGUCAAAGCAUACGAACGACGGUCCUUCUACGAGAAACUCGAUCGGAUCGACCGUGAACGAGCGGCGGAGCACAACGCUGCUCUCGACAAGGUCGCAGAGCUCCAUGACAAGGUACGAGAGGAGGCGGAAGGGGUGCUGAAGGAACAUCUCUGGCAGGUGGAACAGGAGCGUCUACGUAAAGAAGAGGAGGCCCGCAAGGAACGCGAGCGUGUUGAACGGGAGAAAGCAGAGAAGCUACGGCAGGCGCAGGAGGAGGCUGCACGUCUCGAAGCGGAACGCAAGGCUCAGGAGGAGGCGCGGAGAAAGGCCGCGGAGGAGGCCGAGAAGGCGAGGAAGGCGGAGCAGGAAGAAAAGGAACGCAAAGAGCGCGAAAAAGCAGAGCAAGAAACGCAGAAACGCAUCGCCGAGCAACAAAAGGCCGAGAAGGAAGCGCUGCAGCGCGAGGCAGAGGCAUCGAAAAAAGCCCAGAUCGAACAGCAGAAGAAGAUAGGGGCCAGCAAUCUGUCCCAGGAGGAGACAAGGAUACACUUGCGUUACGUGGAACUCCAUCAGCACCUGAAGAAGUUCCGGAAAUGGUUGCGCGACGAGUCCAAGAACAACCCGGUCGUCAAGCAGAACAUGGGAGACUUGCGUCGGUCAAUCAAAAAAUGUGUUGGCCAGCUGCGAGAGGGCAAAGGAGCGAACAAGGGGCAGCUUCAGGAGAUUCGCACCACUCUAGAGAAAGCUCUAAGCAUUCCAGAGCCAUCGGUGGGCAUCCGUCAAUUCUUUGCCUUCCCCCCAGAGAGCAUCGCCAACUCAGAUGACAACAAAGUGCCGGCGCUCUUGAUCUACACCCUCAACAUCUUCGCAAAAUCCCUUAUCGCGUCACUCAUCACCGAGGCGGGAAUCAAUCUCGGCCAUGCAGAACCGAUUGGUAUUGUCGCUGCCCAGAUCUUCUCGAUGGACACAUUUACCUACAAGGGGUGCCACCUGGUCGAUCUUCUCUGGGCCAAGUACCGCGUCGUCUGCCCUGCACUCUGGGGAUUCUACGGCGACGAAAAGACCACCGACGGCAAGGCUGCCUUGGGCUGGUGGCGCCAGGAGGCCGGUGGGCCCUUUGUCCCCGAGCAAACUCACGCCGACCGGAUGACAGCUCUGGGCGCUGGAUUCGCUGCGCUGACGCUUCGCAAUUUCGGCAAGACGCCGCGCAAGAACCCGUUCCCCAACACCAUGUUCUGGCAUUCUAUGCACAAGAUCCUGUCGCUCCCUGCCAGCGAACUGCAGGAGACCCAUAUCAUUCUGCUGGCCGCCAUGCUGCAUUCUUCUGCGCAGCGGAUUGUUGGCUUCUUUGGCCACAUGGGCCUGGCCCUGAUCCGGAAGGCGAUCGUGGAUGUCCCCAAGAACCUGCCCCGGCAGAGUAUGGGGGUUAACAAAUUAAAGUUGCUCAAGGAUCUCUACAAGCGAGAGAAGAAUAUUCUCAUUUAGAUUUCCUAGCGAGUUGUGUGGCACGACCUUCAACUUCUACACCACCCCUGACGACAAAAAUAGAGUCUAAACAUAUGACAUACACACACACUACUUAAUACCAAAGAAUAGUUUUGGUCGACGACAUUGAAUAAACAUGGGUCUCGUUAUGAUGGGUAUCGACGUUGUGGCAUCAUUACUACCUACACAGGUCACCACGACGAUUUCCACCCAAAUUUUUCAUAUCUGCAACCCUAUGUUUCUCGCAAAGACGAGUCUCAAGGGUUCAUCCGCAGGUCUUGAAACCAGUGCGAUAGGAAACACGCAAAACACGUCGGAAAACAAGGUGACACAGGACAGUGGGCUGAUCAUUGCAUCAUAUCGGGCUGCGAAGCCUGCGAGGACCACCAGGGCUUGAAAUCUACAUCAACUAGAAAUCAGUUAGAAAAAAAAAAAAAAAAAAAA